AUGCCAAGUCUUAGGCUCGGGCAUGCAGUCUAUGACCUCACUGCUUUGCGGCUGGGUAGAGCUGCUCUGCAACUUCACUGCAUUAGCCCCUCCACUUAUGUGGUUUUGUUUGGGACGGAUCAAGAAAGCCCAAAUGGAGCACAGAACAUGGAGGUGGGCUGGCAGCCCAAAAAUGAGCUGGAGCCGGCCAAGUGCUUGUGGUCGUCUAGUCAGGUCAACCCUGGUCAGGGUAAAACAUCUCCCCAUCCAUCCAGCAAACUAGCAGAGAUGGUUUCCCCCACCCCCGUAAUGGCUACCUACGUCACAAGAGAGGAGCCCCUCUUUCUGACCCAGGUCCUCAGUCUGUGCAACCCCUUUGGACCGAGCUGCCAUGCUGCUGCUGCGCUGGGGCAGAUGCUUGAGCCGGAACGAGGAUAA